AUGAGCCCUCCGUGGCAUUCCACUCGUCAGAAACCCCGUCGGAGGGCUGCUUCCUUCGCAGGCUUCUUUGGCAAGCUGUUCCCCAGUCAUCGUCCUGAGCAAGGUAGUACUCUCCAGGACGCAAAACACAGCGGUGACUCGGCAUACCAUGAUCUUGGCAUCGAUACCGAGGAGCUCACACAGUGGAACAUUGCUCAAGAUAUCACUCCUGGUCGCCGUGCAGAGCUGGAUAUGCAGUUGCAGGGCCAGAGGCGCUCUUCGAGCCCAGGCCCCAAGAAACUCAUCACGUCGAAGGCGACUCCCUGCUUGACUUUUGAAAACAAGCCAUUUCACCCAAUCCAUGCUCCAAUCCCACUAUCACCAAGUAUCCCGAACCGGGCAGUGAGCCUCUCAGCCUCCCAGACGCAUGCUCUCCUGCGAUCCAAAGAGCAGACUCGCCGCCAGCGACGCGAGCUCAAAGCAAGUGGGGAUUUUUUACCCGUGACUGGAUACAAUCCGUGGUCUGGAGAGUGGGAUGUUUUGACGCCUACCGAUACUCUCAGUUCCGACGCGACAUCGCCGUCAACGGAGGAGAAAAUGAUCAAACUAGCACAGAAGGUAGAAGAGGCCAAAAUGGCAUACCUACAUGCCAGGAACCGACAGGAGUCAGAAAAGGAGAAGAUCAAGCUGGAGAAGGCCCAGGCCAAGUUGGCCAAGAUUGAGAAGACAAAAAACGAUAUCCGAAGACAGGGCAGCAACAUCAGGUGGAUCACCCGCCGAGGACAGUGGUCGUCGGCGGCGGAACCGAACCUGAGCCCAAUCGCCCAAUCCGCGAACAGUGCUGCGACGAAUCCAUCGAACCAGUCCACGGACACUAUUAUACAUACACCGGCAAGGCGCGAGAGCAGCCAUGUGGUGCAUUUUUUAUGGAGACGCCACCGCCGGCCGAAGAAUCCAGGGGUGCCAGGCGGAGACCAAGCUAUAGCGAUCUCAUCGUCGACAGCAGGGAUGAAGGCGAGAUCUCACUCAACCACUACGCUCUUGGGCCCAAACCCCCUGAUCGAGCUCGAGAUACCGGACCACCACCUAGACCUGCUGCCAAGGACGAAGGAGGCCAUAAUACAGGAAGCGGCCAACCCCGGCGUCAACUCAGCUACAGCGACCUCAUCCCAGUCGCCAGCGAAGAGCGAACCAGGAGUCCGCCAAGGAUCUGUCUUCACACACAUCACCACCACUACUGGCUGCGAUCUCGAGCCAGCGAAAAUCCCCCACGGACAACUAGAUGGCCAUACAGAGAACAUGGGCGCAGUUCCCGCGAUGCAGACUUCGCUGCGUUCCCACGACCGGACUUGCGUCGCGUGGACCGCCAUGCAAGAGCAAGACAGGACGCCUUCCCAUCGCGCUACACCACAGAACGGCUCGCCGAGUAUCGUGUCCCGUCCCGAGACUCCAGAGACCGAUACUGCAUCCAUCCACCAUGUAACACCACGGCUGUGCAAGACAACGCGCGAGAAGUACAGCAACGAGGGAAUGGGAAACACCUCCACUUCCCCGAGCGCGGACAUGUCUCUCCAAGCUCCUCGGCACCGGCCAUCGGAGAGGACAAAGCGGCAGGCUGCAGUCCAGGCCGCGGCCCGAACAGCAAUGCACAGGUCCCGAAGCAGGAUCGCAGACGCUCUCGCGUCCGUGUCACGCCGCCGAAGCAAGACACCCAGCCCGAUCAGGCCUGCGUACCAGUCGCAGUGGACGGAGGCAGACGUACGCAACGAGCCAGAGAACCCGGUCCACGGCGACGGAGGCACCGUCGAUCAUUCCAGGCCCUCCGACCCAGGCCCGAGAAUCAAGACUGACGGGCUCCUCUUCGUCAUCUUUGUCAUACUGGCCUGGAACAGCUUGAGACUCCUGAAGUGGUUGUCGUCGUUGUGA